AAAAUAUAAACUGUCGAGUUUGAGGUAAAAUUAAAUAGCUGUUUAGAAUGCAUGAUAACUUUGAUGAGAACAUAAGUACAAAAAGGCAGAGAUGAAAAUCGGAUUCUUUAUAAGUUUAUUAUAUGUUUAGUUUUAAACACUUUGAAAUUUUAAAGAGAUAGAACUUUAUUUUAUGAAAUUAUGAAAAAAAACUUAAUUUUGUUUUGAAAGGUACAUAAAACUAUUUUUAAAAAAAUCAUUAUUCUAUACAAGUUUUAAAGAAUCUAAUGGUGUCUGUCGAAAAAAGACAAAGUUCAUAUGACUUUAGAAUAUUUAAACAAUCCGUCAGAUUCGGUCAAAAAGCAUAGCAAGCGUUGUCAACAUUAAAAAAAAGACUUGUGCUUAGGUGUGUGUUGGAACUCGGGAUUUUUGUGCAUUAUCUUUCAGGACGUGUUUGAAAAACACUAUGAAGCAAUCAGUAUGCAGUCUGGCUCUUUUAAUCCUACUGUUUUUCGAACCAGGUUAUAAGAUAUUAGUUGGGGCAACGCCUGAUCUUGAUAUCAAUCCAGCACCAAGCGUAUUAGGAUGGGAAAUCUAUGAUCCAUACGAAAAAGUGGAACCGUCCGAACCAGAGGAUGUACCGCUGCGAUAUGAAGUCAUACCAACACCGGUUGCAUUUGAAUUGUCAUACACUGAUUCUUUCUAUCCAAGGGAAGGAUAUCCUGCAGACGCUGAGCAAAAUGACAUUUUUCCAACCCCUGCCAUGCAUGUGAUGCCUGAGUCAUCGUUCCAUCACGUUAUAUACAGGCGACAAGCGGAUGAUGACAACACAGAAUUCAGUGGCCAAGGCGCAGAUUGCCCAGAGCUAAGUUCUCCGGCGAAUGGAAACAGAAACGACGACGAGAGUUGUGGGGACUAUAACAGUAAUGGUUGUACGGCCACAUUUACAUGCAACGAUGGCUACACUCUCAACGGACAAAGUCAAUUAACCUGCCGAGAAGCAAAUGGCCAGUCCCAGUGGAACGGAAACCAACCAAAUUGUGUCAGUAACAGGUGUCCGCAGCUAACUGCAAUAGAGAAUGGAAACAGAGAGGAUAGUUGUGAGACGCAUAAUGGUAAUGGUUGUACGGCUACAUUUUCAUGUAACUCUGGCUAUACAAUCCUUGGACAAAGAAUUCUAACUUGUACAGAAACAAAUGGUCAGUACGAUUGGAAUGCAGACCAGCCAACUUGUAGAAUUAUCGCUUGUGGUCAGCUAGAUGCACCUGCAAAUGGGAGAGCUGACUUCACGUGUCCGGCAAACUUUGAAAACUGUCAAGUUAGAUUCAGUUGUAAUUCUGGUUACGAACUAAUUAGUCAGGAUGUUUUGAGGUGUCAAGAAAAUAGUACAUGGAGUGGAAACAGUCCAACAUGCAACCCAGUAGACUGUGGAAAUCCAGGAGUGGAUGGAGGUAACUUUACUGGAAGUACAACGUUUGGGGAAUCGGUGACUUUCCAAUGUCAUGAAAACUAUACUUUAACAGGUAACGCGCAAGCAACGUGCCAGGCCAAUGGACAGUGGGAUCAGUUGCCAAACUGUACAUACAAUUGUGGUGAUCCGCCAACAGUGGCAAACGCAACCUUUUUAUUUACUUGUACCACAGAAAACUGUUAUGCAAAUGUGACCUGUAGCAAUGGUUUAAUAUUAGAAGGGGACGAUCCAAUAUGCGUUAGAGAUGUAGGAUGGGCAUAUGAACCUUACUGCAGGGAAUCAGAAGAAAAUGGCACUGGCGGAGUUGAUAUUUCUAUAACUUUACCUGCCACAACUGACGAUACCACGUUUCAAAAAGUUAUAGUUGGAGCGCUAGUAUCAUACUACAGUCGGAAAAUGAAAGAUAUCAUUGCUGAUUUUAUUUCCUUCAUCCAGAUUGUUAUCAGAAGCAUAAGGUUUUUCGGUCUUAAUAAUAAUAGUGGUGGAAACAACAACGGGAGACGCAAAAGACAACUGGAAGCCUCAGGAGACUAUGUACAAGUGAACUAUUCUGUGGUGUUGAGUACAUCAGUCCCAUCCUUCGGAGAGUUUGCUAAAGCACAAGCUGAUAUGGUUCGCAAUGAACAAUUAGUAAUUCUUGGAAACCCAGUUGAUGUUUUACGAACAAGUCUUUUUGGCUUUACAUAUACCAAGGCUGAAAACUUCAGAAAUGACACCGCAGAUCUGGAACGUCUUAGAGAAAUCUCCUGUGAGAUUUUCGAAUAUUCUAUAAAUGGGUGUCCUGCUGAUACGACAUGUCAACUCGACAUUGACGGUGACACAACUGUCUGCGAGCCUAUUGGAACAAAUGAUGAUUUUGCAUGGCAGUUAGGACUGGCAGUUGGAUUACCAUUGUUCCUCCUAGCAUGUGCAGUGUUAGGAUGUUGUAUUUACUACAUAAUCUUGGCGAGACGAAGAAGGAGGAAAAGGAAAAGACCACUGCAAAGGGAGUACGAAAGCUCAGAAUCAGCAACGAUGAGCGGGUUCUCACCUACAAUGAUACCAACAAGAUUUAACACAAUAGGCCGGGGUGGGCCUUUAUAUGGGUCAUACUUUCUGGAAGCUUGGGACAGUCCAGAGGCAGAGGAAAGCAUUGCAGAGACACCUAGAACACAAAGACGUAGCUCAGUCCCAUAUGUAGUAACGGUUGGAUAUCAAGAUCAAGAAGAGUUUCCAUCAAAUUUUUCCUGGGAUUUUAUGUAUCCUCAUGUUGCAGAAGAUUUUUCAUUGCCACGACCAAGAGUAUAAUAAAGCAUACCAAUCUACACAUAAUUUCAUCUACGAAGAAUACAGGAAUGUUACAAAGCUACAUUUUAUUUGGGGUUUUGUGACCCGAGUCAUUGUUCUAUUAAUUUCUGUUGCAUAAACAUCGCUGGGAGAACUUAUCUGGUGAAUAUAAGCUGUUCCUAAUUACAGAAAUGCUGUCGUUGAAAAACUUAGGGCAUCUUUUCUAAGAUACUUCCAUUUUUUGGAAAUUAGUGUCGUUGAAUUAUUCAGCAAAUAUUACGCGGCUAAGUUUGGAACCUUUAGCCGUCUGACUCUAGUAUAUCCACAGUUGAUCAGGAAUUGACGGGAACUAGUGACAGUUGGAGAUUCACUCAUUGGGCAUGUGUUAAAAGUGUGAACUGAAUAUACCUCGUUUUAAUUGUUGUUCCAAACUUGUGUUAGCAUUAAUUUAUUUUUUUGUGAUAAUAUGAUUAACAUGGA